CCGCCGUGUGGCUAAAACGCUUUUGGCAACGGUCCAAAUACGUUAAAUUACGUCGGCAAGAUUCGAAAGAAAUAAACGGAAGAGUCCAAUGCGGGUUCGCCCUUUAAUUCAAAAGGCAAUGUUUCGAGUAAGUGCAGGAUCACAAUGGUAAGAAUUGAACAACAACUGAUUUAAGGACAUUUUACAACCACAACGAGUUCAAAGUUCAGUUGUUUUCUGUGUACAGUUUAACAACUCCUCCUCAGGAUGGGGCCUGUCUUGUUGCUCUGGCUGGCCGUGUGCCUCAGCGGGACCUGGGCUGUGGACAAAGGCAACUUCAAGACCUGCGAUCAAAGCGCUUUCUGCAAGCGGCAGCGAGCAGUGAAGCCUGGUGAGUCCCCUUAUCGGGCCCUGCUGGAAACCAUGGAGUUGACCAACACCAGACUCACCCUGCAGCUCAUCAAUGACAAUAACAAGGUGCGUCUCCUGCUCGAGCUCUACCGUCUCCAGGGAAACAUAACGAGGGUGAAGAUUAACGAGCUGAAGCCUCUGAAGCCUCGCUAUGAAGUCCCAGACGUGCUCAUCAGAGAGCCGCCUACCGAGCCUCUCAGUCUGCUGUCCCAGGAUGAGAACGGGGUGGUUCUGUCCCUUGGAGCAGAGUCCCAGCGGGUCAUCAUCAGCGCCCGGCCCUUCAGGCUCGACAUCGUGGAGGGACGCGAAGUGCUGAUGUCCCUGAACUCACGUGGUCUGCUUGGUUUUGAGCACCUGAGGAUGCGCAAGGACACUUUCUCCUAUAAAGUAACUAGCACAGUGGCUAGCGUGUGGGAUAAUAUCAAGAGGGUAUUCUCUAGUCAGGCUGACCCGGAGGCUGAGAACAAAGAGGGGACAGAUCCAGCAAACCAGGCUGAGACUACAACAGAAGAGGAAGAGAAAGUAGAAGACGGGAUGUGGGAAGAGACCUUUAAAUCGCACACAGACACCAAGCCAAAUGGUCCAUCUGCUAUCAGUUUAGACUUUUCAUUGCCGGGCGUGGAGCACGUCUACGGCAUCCCAGAACACGCCGACACCCUCAAACUUAAAACAACAGACAGUGGGGAUCCAUAUCGGCUCUAUAAUCUGGAUGUUUUCCAGUAUGAACUGUAUAACCCUAUGGCCCUGUAUGGAGCAGUCCCAGUUAUGUUGGCACACAACGUUCAGCGUACUACAGGCAUCUUCUGGCUCAAUGCUGCAGAAACCUGGGUGGACAUAAGUUCAAACACAGCAGGAAAGACUGUGUUUGGGAAAAUGCUGGAUUACGUUCAGGGCUCCAGUGAGACCCCACAGACGGAUGUUCGUUGGAUCUCAGAGAGUGGAAUCAUAGAUGUCUUCCUCAUGCUGGGACCAACUCCCAGAGACGUCUUUUCUCAGUACGCCUCUCUAACAGGCACCCAGGCCUUCCCUCCUUUGGCCUCACUGGGCUACCACCAGUGCCGCUGGAACUACAAUGACCAGGAAGACGUGCGUUCGGUGGACGCUGGCUUCGACGAGCACGACAUUCCCUACGACUUCAUCUGGCUCGAUAUUGAGCACACAGAUGGGAAGCGCUACUUCACCUGGGAUCCUCACAAGUUUGACUCACCAAAGGAAAUGCUGCAGGGUCUCUUGGACAAAAAACGUAAGAUGGUUGCAAUCGUGGACCCUCACAUCAAAGUAGACACCAACUAUAAGAUCCACAAUGAGAUCCGCUCUCUGGGUUUCUAUGUGAAAAAUAAAGAUGGUGCAGACUACGAAGGCUGGUGCUGGCCUGGUAAUGCUGGUUAUCCAGACUUCACCCGUCCUGAUAUGAGGGCCUGGUGGGCCAGCCAAUUUGCUUAUGAUCAGUAUGAGGGCGCCACGGAGAACUUGUAUACGUGGAACGACAUGAACGAGCCUUCUGUGUUCAACGGGCCUGAAGUCACCAUGCACAAAGACGCCAUGCACGGAUCCUGGGAGCACCGCGAGGUGCACAAUUUAUACGGCCUUUAUGUGCACAUGGCCACAGCACAGGGUUUGUUGGAGAGGUCUGGGGGAACUGAGAGACCAUUUGUCCUCACCAGAGCUGUCUUUGCUGGUUCACAGCGCUACGGUGCUGUGUGGACUGGAGAUAAUGCUGCUGAGUGGGAUCAUCUGAAGAUCUCUAUCCCCAUGUGUCUGAGUCUGGGUCUGGUGGGAAUCUCUUUUUGUGGUGCUGACGUUGGUGGUUUCUUUAAGUCUCCGAGUACCGAGCUGCUGGUGCGAUGGUACCAGACGGGGGCCUACCAGCCUUUCUUUAGGGCCCACGCCCACAUGGACACGCCUCGCCGUGAGCCUUGGCUGUUUGGACCAGAAAACACAGCUCUGAUCCGUGAAGUCGUGCGCCAGCGCUACACGUUCUUGCCUUACUGGUACCAGCUGUUCUACCAUGCAUAUCACACCGGAGAGCCCGUCAUGAGACCGCUUUGGGUGGAGUAUCCCCAGGAUCCUGCUACUUUUGCUUUGGAUGAUGAGUUCUUGCUUGGUCGAGACCUCUUGGUGCAUCCUGUAACUGAAGAGGGAGCCAGAGGAGUCACCGCUUACCUGCCUGGGAAAGACGAGGCCUGGUUUGACAUCCACACCUUCCAGAAGCACAAUGGGGGACAAAACCUGUAUAUCCCUGUCACCAUGAGCUCUAUUCCGGUGUUCCAGCGCGGCGGCUCCAUCAUUCCCAGGAAGCUCAGAGUUCGCCGGUCCUCCACCUGCAUGGAGCAUGACCCGUACACUCUGUAUGUGGCCCUCAAUAAUCAGAGAACCGCAGAAGGAGAGCUGUACAUAGAUGACGGCCUCACGUUUACCUAUGAAAAGAAGGAGUUUAUCCACAGGAGGUUUUCCUUCAUCAAAAACGUUCUCUCCUCUGUUAACCUUGAACCUGACGCCCAGUUUACAACCAAGUCCUGGGUGGAACGCAUCGUCAUACUGGGAGCCAGUAAACCCAGCAUGAUCACUCUUAAAUCUGCUGAUGGUAAGGAGAACCAGCUGGAGUUUGAUUUCGACGCCUCCAUGUCUGUGUUGACGAUCCGCAAGCCCGGCAUGAACGCGGGGGCUGACUGGACCGUGACCCUUCAGUAACUGCAGAGACUAAGACAGAAAAAGAUGAAACUAGACUGAAGCAGAAGGAGAUGGAGAGAGAAUAGACAGAAUACCCUAAUCCUCCAGACUAACUAGAGCAGGAUCACAGAGUAACUGCACAAACACACUGAUUAGUUUCCAUCCACAUUAACGUUUGUUAAACUAAGACACAGAACUCUGCCAUUUCCCUUUGUGUUCAGUUCCACUGUAAGACCUGACGAUAACGAUUAAAAAUUACUACUAGAUAGAUAAAGUUUGUCACAUUUUUCAGGGAAGAAACAAUGGAGUGGGUCAAGCCCUGUCACUUUUACAAAACUUUGGCAUUGUAUUUCGCUAGUAAAUCUUCCUCUUGGUUUAGCACACAGUCUGCCUCAGAUGAUAAACGCAUCACUGUAAGGGGUUGUUGGUGUUUAUAAUGAAAGCCAACAUCACACACUCCACCUGCUGCUGAUCCCUUUCUGGAUUUAAAGAAACCCAUAUCAUUCCUCUUCUAAGCAAAAUCCUCAGAUCAGAAAAGAGCUCAGCCUUCUUUCCUCGUGUGACUUUAAACAGUUUAACAGCAGUCUCCUUUUAUGGUUUCUAAUCUUUAAUCAAAGCAGUUUCCAGAUCCACAAACACGUCUUUAUUUAGCAUUCCACAGCAGCUCAUUUUCAUCCCGCCUGUCUUUGAGUUGUCACUCUUGAAUGGAAAUAAUUGUUCUCAUUGCUUCUGUGUUGAAGUAAUUUUCUUUAUGGCACGGGAGGGUUGGAGGUUAAACUGGAAAUCACCUCAGGGGAUGGAACCACUGGCUGUGGAUCAUUCUGCGGAUGUGUUUUCACUUUUUAGCUAUUUUUCUUCCCAACGUAGGCUGUUUUUUUUAUUGCACUUAAAGAAGGGUGAGCCCUCAAAAGAUAUCUAGAUUUUCAUGUGUUUCCUAGGCAUUAGUUGAAAUUUAAGGUAUUCUUAUCAUUUGGGUUUUGAUAAUUAGAUCAACUACAAUCAAUGAAAGCUGUUCAGGUUACAGUGGUCCACUUAGUCAUCUGAUCUACAGAAACAUCUAUCCAGAAUGUACAUCCAUCUGCCAUCAAGUCAAAUCGUAUUUGUGCAAGUUUGAUUGUUUUUAAGAGCAUAAAUGUUUCUGCUGCAUCUUUUGUUUUUUUAAUAGCUUGAAUUGGUGAAAAUGAAAGUUAAGGACUGCACUUAAGUUGUCAAGGUUGACUGAUGUACUCUAACAGAUGAGACCAAGUGAAAAUAAAGUUGACCAAAUGUGAAAAAUAA